AUGGCUAUGCAGGUUGCGAAUGCGCCUCAAGGAAGUACCGCAGCACGACUGAAUGAGUUGCUGCAACGCGCGCGAAUCGUCAAGCCAAGCACUUCGAUCGAGCCACCGCUUCAAGUCUCGGAGCUAGUGCCUGAAGCCGGGCCUCUAUUCAGCGAUAUCAACGGCGAGAAAGAAAUCUUGUCAACAGCGCUGGAGAGUGCUGCAAAGGGGGUGUUUUACGCCAAUAUUGGGACGACCAAGAUCGAUGAGCCAGCGUUCGUGACAGUAUGGAACUUGCUCGACAUCCUGCAGUACUGUGGUGACAGAGAUAUUUGCUCAGCACAACUGGUGCUUUUACUCGUCGAAGAGCUACUGGACAGCCAGUCACUAGCACAAUGUCGAACAGUCUUCAGCUUCCUAGAGUCGCGAAGAGAGGCGAUCAUUGCGAUAAGCUCUCAAAACAAAUCCCUGGUCAUCCUUCGACUGUGCAAUGAGCUGUUGCGCCGAUUAUCUCGUGCUGAGGACCCAGUCUUCUGUGGACGUGUUUACAUCUUCAUGUUCCAAAGCUUUCCUCUUGGUGACAAGAGUUCGGUCAAUCUUCGCGGAAACUUCCAUGUAGAGAACGUGACAACAUUUGAGGAGUUUCUGAACGGAACAGAUGCGAAUGAAGACGCCAUGCAAGUCGACAGUGGCGCAGCCACCCCAGCAAUCAAGACAACAGCAGAACCAGAAGAACCAUCGGGCAAGCCUGCGAAUGUCCGCAGAGGCAAAGAAGAGCCGCUCAAGACACUAGAUAUCGACACGCUAUAUCCAGUAUUCUGGUCAUUACAGCACUCAUUCUCGAAUCCACCCAGACUAUUCGAAGAAAACAAUUUUAAAGAUUUCCGAAGUAGUCUGGAAGCGACACUCGCCAAAUUCAAGGAGGUGCCCAAGGUGAUACAAUCGGGAGAUGGCGAACGCAAGAAAGGACCAAAGCCCUCGUCGGGUGACAGCUAUGACGCAUUUGCGAACACAUUCAAUCCGAAGUACCUCACAAGCCGCGAUUUGUUCAAGCUCGAGCUAAGCGAUCUCGCUUUCCAGCGGCACAUCCUUGUCCAAGCCUUGAUUCUCAUCGAUUUCCUCUUGACAUUAACCGAGAAGGCAAAGAGCAAGCCACUUUAUCAAAAUGCGCAGAAGGCUAUGCAGUACAACUUCACAAUGCGUGAGCAAGACACCGAGUGGGCAUUGGGCACCAAAACGGCCAUUGCAAAUUACCUGCAGGAAGGCCCAGAUGGCAAAUUCUACUACCGCAUGGUGGAUACCGUGCUUUCCCGAGACAAGAACUGGGUAAGAUGGAAGAUGGAGAACUGCCAACCGUUCACUCGCAAGCGGGUCGGUACAGCAGAGUUUCUGUCUUCCAAGUCUGAUGCAGUACGUGCCGUAGCAAAGAAGAGGCCCAAUGAGCCCACAGGCGUGCCCAGCUCUCUGAAUUUCCUAUACAACACAGAAGCAGAGAACGGUCUGUCACAGCUGAGGCAACGCAAUCGAUUUGAAGCACCAAGUGCAGAAAGCUACGCGAAGAAGGUCAAGAUGAUCGACUUGGAUUUGGAGAUGGCUAACAGUGAUGCUGAGAAGCGCGAGCUAGAGGACAAGAAGUCGAGCUACAUCUGGAGAGGACUUCGCGCGGCAUCUCAAACACAGCUGAGCUUGUUCGACAAGAUGGAGCAUGGUAAAGGACUGGAGGCUCUCCAGCCGGCUCCUUCUCCAUAUGAAAUUGCAGGCGACAAUACCGCGCCCACUGCUACGGAAGACAGGGGUGCAGCUCCGCUAGGAGAACAGCAUAGCGUCGAGGAGCAGCGGGCCGAGCAACAAAGUCAAGUGACAGCAGAUACAGAGAUGAGGUAG